AUGCACAACACGACUUUCAACGCGGCAGGUUCCGCUUCAGGUACGCAAGAGACAUUGGCAACUGUCCAGGCUGACAAGUUUUCUGAUUCGUCCGAUGCUACCGGUGAGGAUGGACUGUGGGGCUCUGAAGAUGGUGACAACGUUGAGGGGAGGGAUCAAGAUGCUAGUGCUUCCUUUCAGUCAGUAGCUUUGGCGUUGCCCACCCGCUCUGCCCCUCCACUUGCUCUACCGGGUCGCAACGUUAUUCCACUCCCGGCAAGAGCCACGCCAACAACAGACAUUCCAGUUCAUCCCACUCACAAUCCCUCACAAUCACAAUUUACUCACGAUCUACAAUCUGACUUUAUCCCGCCGGUAGAAAAUGCCGACUUAAUCAUCCCUGAUAUCCCAGUGCCGUCUUCCAGCCAAUAUCAAAGCCAUCCAGACCGAACAUUCUUCGACUACAGUACUCCAUUCUACAACGCAUCCAACGACAUUCCCUUUCCGCAACGACAACAGCAGGAACACGUCAUAGACCCCGCGCUGCUGUCUUCAAAUCUCACUGGGGCUGGUUCCCUGGAUUGGUUCUACGAACUUCCCACCUCUAACUACAUCAACCCUACAGCGGCACCAAGCGAAGAUAUUCCUGUACCACCCCUGAGCUUUUACCAAGAGCCACCACAGUUCAUCAACCCCGCACACCUAUUGUUGAAUCCAAAUGGGGCUGGUUCCCCGAACUGGCCUGUCCCAGGAGCUGGACCUCCUGUCGCCUCUACCUCUCAACUGCCUGCUACGUCUUCCUCCCGUAAGCGCGGUCGAAAGGCCUCGGAAACCGGACAGGAACCUCAAGCCAAGAAAGGUCGACAAAGAGAUCCUGCCAACCCCAAGAUGACAAAAGCCCCUUGUCCUUGGCCCGGUUGUGGGAAGAUGAUCGUAAUAAAAAAUAUGCAGCGGCACAUCGACGGGUUGCAUCUUGGUAAGAAGAAAGUCCAAUGUCGGUAUCCGGAUUGUAGGAAGAUACUAGCAUGGGAAGGUGAUCGUACUAGACACUAUAGAACUGUACAUCGCGGCCAACCACCGCCACCUGAUAAGUCACCUUCCCCUGAAGGCACGCCUCAUCUGGAUGGCCCACCUGCUCCCCAAGGUCCACCACCACCACCACCACCACCCCCGGGGGCGAGCGGGAUUGCUGCAUGCUAA